ACCUGCAGUUUAUGCUCCCCACAAGCCUUCCUCCUUCACUUCACUCACUCCCUUGAAACCCUUAAACUUUCUCUGCUUUCUCACGUUCUUUCUUCUUUUUCCCUGCGCAUGGAAAUGGCCGGAAGCAACAGCUUCAUGACCAGUUUACUUGCCCUUCUCGAUCACGACAAGUUCAUGAAAGAUGUCGAGAGCAAGCCAUGCUGUAGGACAGAACAAGUUAAUGUCAAGUGUUACUUGAAUCUCGUCGAGAAAAUCCUCAACCAAGCCAUGGCCACUGUGGAUGAUGUUGCUAAGAACACUCAGCCAAAGGACUCACAAGCGAAUUCAUUUUUCCAGGGUGACCAAUGUCAAAGCAAAAGCUCAACCUCGCUUUCUUUAGAGACAUCUAUUCCUUUGUCAUCCACCAUCAACGAACUAUGCUAUCAGAUUACUUGCAAGGCCCGGACCAACGAUGUGCACCAAACAAUGGCAUCGCUUUUCAACAUGUUGUCAUCCUUUUCAUGGGAUGCCAAAGCUGUGCUGACACUCCUAGCUUUAUCAGUGUACUAUGCCGAGCAUUGGCGUCUCGCUCAAAUUGAAGAGUCAGACGAUCUUUUAAGCAUAACGGCGAUGUUGAGAGGGUCACAUGCAAUUGGUAAGUCCUCCAACACACAGCGGAUCAAGGCUUUUGUGACGCUUAAUAAUCUGAUCAAGGUGACUUUGGAGUUCACCAAGUGCGCUGUUGAGUUUAUGAACUACUCCAAAGAUUUUGGAGAAUUCUCAGCAUCAAUCGACAUAUCAGCCCGUUUUUAUUACAUCAUUGUCAUCGUACUUGGCUGCUCAGUUCAGUUCAGUGGCUUGAUUAGCAUGAGCAAUGAGUUCCUAGGGCAAGAUCUGUGGACCUUCUCGGACCGGGUCACGACAAAAUAUGAAUCCUUCAAGAAAGAAGUGGCAAAUCUCAGAGAAAAGCACUCGGAGCAAAUUUCAUAUGAGAAGAUUAAGAAACUUUCCAAACAUUGUACUGAUAUUGUGGAGCUUAUGGCUGCGCUGUUUUGCACCAAGAACGAUUUUUCAACAGUUUAUCAAUGUUGCAAGAGGAAAGCGGUAAAGGUGGAGAAGUUCAAGGACAAGAUUGUGAUGCUGCUUAUUUCGGACUUGAACUUGUUGGAUGAAGAUCGAGAAACCCUUACCAGCAUCUACAGUGAGUGCACCUUCCAAUGUAGUAACUACAAAAUUAUGUGGGUUCCUAUUGUGGAGGAACAUCACGAGGUGAUGCAGAAGAAGUUCCUGGACAAGAGAUCUGAGAUGCGUUGGUACACAAGCAACUCCAUCGUCAGCAAGCCAACAGCAAAGUUCAUCCGGAAGAAGUGGCAAUUUAGGCAGCAGACUAAGGUUGUCGUGCUGAACCAACAGGGGAAGGUGGUGAACAUAGAUGCAAUGGCGAUGAUACGCCUUUGGGGACAGGAAGCCUUCCCUUUUACGGAGUCAAAAGGCCAGGAACUCUGGAACAGGCAAGGGAUCAACUGGUUCAAGCUCGUGGUGAACAACAUGGUCUUCCCUGAUGUCGAACAAAGCUUUGAAAGGGAAGAGCUCAUAUUCUUGUACGGCUCGGCUGAGGACACCCAGACUGUCCAAAAAAUUGAAAAAUACCUGAGCGAGAUCAACGGCUACUUUGGCCCCUACAAGGCCCUCAACAUCAACACCAAGAGAGAGAAAUUCCUGACCCGCCUCGAGAGCUGCCUGUCCUUGAAGAUGCAGGCCAGUUCGGACGUCUAUGAUUCCCGAGCACAGGAGCUGCUCGAGCUCUACACCAGUUACAAGCAGUGCGGUGGGUUCGCUGUCAUCGCAAGAGGGUCGAGCGUGGUCAUCAACACUCUUCUCAUGGAUUUCGAGACAGUGCUGUCGCAGCACCAGAAGUGGGUGACUCAGGCACAGGCUUUCGAGGCCGGCUUCAAAAGGUACUAUGAGGAGGUCGUCAAAAAGCCGAGCUGCCACCGUUUUUAUAUCCCGAACGUAGUCGGCAACAUACCGGAGUGCAUCAAGUGUGCCAAGUGCUCUCGGUACAUGAAGACCGCCGUUACCUUCGAGUGCUGCCAUGGUGACCAGCCGAUGAGGCCAACUUGCCCGACGCCUUCGUUUGGUGCUCAUGGAUUUCGAGACAGUGCUGUCGCAGUAGCAGAGUCGGUAACAUACCGGAGUGCUGUUGCAGAACCAGCGUCGGCAACAUACUGGAGUGCUGUCGCCGCAGCAGAGUUGGCAACAUACCGCAGUGCAUCAAGUGCGCCAAGUUGAAGACCGCCGUCACCUUCGAUUGCUGCCACAGUCACAUGCCGAUGAGGCCGUUUGGCGUCAGGCAAGAUGGCUUUUCCACUGCCAUAGCAAUGUUCUGGACUUCUGUUUACAGCUCAUCUCCAGCAAUAUUUUUUUUUGUCAACUUGUUGCUUGCUUUCACAUUCUUGAUUUUCUCCACCGCCAUUGACUUCCACAGCUCGCAUUUCUUGCUGCUCCGUCCAUCUAGAGUAGUCUAGAUUGGACUAGAGAUUUCUUUAUCAAAAAUAGAUCACAAUUUCCAACUGAUAAUAUCGAGAGCUUUUACUGUUAUUUCCAUCUCCUACGAU